UAUAAAUUUGCAAACCACGAGAUAAUCCAAGUUUUCUCAUCAGAUUUUGUCCCAAUGGAAGAAAAACAUGGCAACUAUUCCUAUGAGCUACGUUGUGCCACAGAUGCGGAGAAAACUAUUGUCACUUCCCCUCCUACCACAAAUUGUAACGUGUCUUUCUUUCGCACGUGUUUUAACGGACUCAAUGCAAUAUCAGGUGUUGGGAUACUUUCGAUUCCAUUUGCUCUAGCAUCCGGAGGGUGGUUAAGCUUAAUUCUUCUAUUUGUUAUUGCUGUUGUAACCUUUUACACAGGCUUGUUGAUAAAGAAUUGUAUGGACAAGAAUGCGAAUAUUAGAACCUAUGCUGAUAUAGGUGAGCUUGCAUUUGGAAAGAUAGGAAGACUAACAGUAACAAUAUCCAUAUACACCGAGCUCUUCUUGGUUUCAACAGGCUUCUUGAUUCUUGAAGGAGAUAAUUUGAGUAACUUAUUCCAUAUUGGGGAGAUUCAAGUGGCUGGAUUAGCAAUUGGUCGAAAACAUUUCUUUGUAGUACUGGUUGCUCUUGUUAUCUUGCCUACAGUUUUCAUGAACAACUUGGGUCUACUUUCUUACAUAUCUGCAAGUGGUGUGUUUGGGACUGGUAUCAUCAUCUUAUCAAUAUUAUGGACUGCAACAUUUGAUGGAAUUGGUUUUCAUCAAAAGGGAACUCUUGUUCAUUGGAAUGGAAUCCCAACAGCUAUUAGCUUGUACACCUUCUGUUUUGGUGCACAUUCACUCUUCCCUACUCUAUAUAAUUCCAUGAGAAACAAACAUCAGUUUUCUAGUGUCUUACUUGUAUGCUUUAUUCUAGCCACCAUUGGUUAUGCAUCCAUGGCUAUAAUUGGUUACCUAAUGUUUGGUGGAGAAGUUGAAUCACAAGUAACCUUAAACCUACCACUAGACAAAAUAAGCUCAAGAAUAGCAAUAUAUACAACGUUGGCCAAUCCCAUAUGCAAGUAUGCUUUGAUGAUAACACCAAUUAAGAUUGCUUUGAAAGAUUUGCUUCCAAGGAGGUACAAGAAUAAAGUCACUGACAUCCUAGUUAGCACUAUUCUUGUGAUCAGCACUGUCAUUAUUGCUCUCACGAUUCCUUUCUUUGGGUAUCUCAUGUCCUUAGUUGGAGCACUUCUAAACGUCACAACUUCUAUUCUACUUCCAUGCUUGUGCUACUUCAAAAUUUCACAGAGUUACAAGAAAUUUAGGUUUGAGACAAUAGCCAUAGUGGUAAUAGUAUUGUUAGGUAUAACAAUGGGAAUAUCUGGAACAUACAUGUCACUCAAUGAGAUAGUCCAUCAUUUGUAAUUUUUGGACUUUUGAAGCACGCUUGAACCUGACUAAUGAAGUUAGACUUAAAUUUUUUUGCUGAACUUGUAUACAAGCGGAACCUCCAAGGUUGUGUGUCUGAUCUUGUGCUCCUUCUGUCAGAACUUGAAUUUCAAU